AUGGAGUUACGGGACGUAGAUUUGGUGAAACCUCCUCCAGCUGAUAACGUUGACCCCAACAUUGAGGCAGCCAUGAAGGAAUUGGUUGACAGGUAUCGACCUGUCAAGGACAGUAAGAAGCGAAUCAACAAAAGACAAAGCGGGAGCCCUGCCGCCAGCUGUAUAUUCCAGUACGCCAUCGUGUACUAGAAUAACAUUCCAAGAGGAUGUUUAAGAUGAUCCAGGGACAGACAAUGAAGAACGAGUCGACCAGGAUACAAAUAUUCCACGAACUACAAACGAAGUACCGAGAAUCACCUUUGUUGACGAAAGCAUGCUCGGAGUUGUCGCAGUUGGUGACGUGAAAGACCUCCCCGAGCAAUAG